GUGUGUAGAUCAUUCAAAUCGUCAAUCAUGUUCGAGCUGUGUAAAAUAUUCAGUUUAAUGACACAUCAGCCGAAUCAGAGCGAGUUUUAACGCCGGCGCUGCUGACAGAGGAGUUACACUAUCAUGCUUUUAAUAGCUAACUUAAUGCUUAACAGUGUCAGUGAUAAUUAAUAUGGAGUGCACGUGAUAGCUGGGUGAUAUUAGUAGCCUAAUGUUGAGUAAUCAAACUCUUCCUGAAGUGUCGCGCGCGGUGCUGCGCAUGCGUUUGAGGGUACCAUGAAGGUAAAGGUGAUCUCCAUCCUGGAGGACAACUACAUGUACCUGGUGAUUGAGGAGCAGAGUAAACAGGCCAUAGCUGUGGACCCUGCUGUCCCACACCGGCUGCUAGAAAUAGUGAAGAGGGAGGGCUUGUCUCUGACAGCCAUCCUCACCACGCAUCAUCACUGGGACCAUGCUCGGGGGAACGAGGCUCUGCUAAAGGAGGUUCCCGGGCUGAGGGUGUAUGGGGGAGACGAUCGGAUCGGAGGUCUGACAGACAAAGUCACCGACGCACAGGAACUCAAGUUUAACUCCAUCAAUGUGAGGUGCCUAUUUACUCCCUGCCAUACCUCUGGUCACAUGUGCUACUUUGUUUGGGAGGAUGAGUGCACUGACGCCCCUGCUGUGUUCACAGGGGAUACGUUGUUUAUCGGUGGAUGCGGUCGUUUUUUGGAGGGUACAGCAGAGCAGAUGCACCACAAUCUCACACAGGUGCUCGGCUCCCUACCCCAAGACACGAAGGUAUUCUGUGGACACGAGUACACCAUUAAGAACUUGAAGUUUGCCAUGCUGGUGGAGCCAGAGAAUGAAAAGGUUAAAGAGAUGCUGAGCUGGGCCCGGGCUAGAGAUGAUGAUGACAAACCCACAGUGCCAUCCACCCUGAUGGAGGAGUUUGAGUACAACCCUUUUCUUCGCCUCUCGGAGGAGGGAGUACAAAAGUUCACGGGGAAGACGGACCCCAUAGAGGUGCUGAGGGUCCUCCGGAAGGAAAAAGACAAGUUUAAGAAGCCCAAGGAAAGACUUCCUCCUCAAGUCAUGUUGGCUCUGGAGUGGGGGCUCCUCAGACCCUGAGAUCCAGUUUCAGAGAUCAGAACAUGUGACAUCCUCACCUAUCAAGGAGGAACAGUGAAACACCUGAAUGCAGCAACACACAAGACUGUAGGGUCUUGUGUGUUCCUUUAACCUUGAAUUUAACCAAUUUAUUCUGUUGCGAACCUGUUCGACCCCUGUGUGUGUUAAUGAAACAAUGUCUGCACAGAGGCCAGUUUAAAGCUGCUUUCAACUAUUAUCUCUAAAAGCUAAAUGAAUUUAAGGGCUGAUCUCUCAGUCUGUUAUGCACAAACAAACUGCACCUGGUAAUGUCUGCUAAUACCAAUUUCCAUUACAAAAAAAGAGAUUUUAAGGUGAUUUUUGUGUAUUUAUUGCUUUAAAAACAGUUCUGGGGGGGGGAAAUAACCUUUCUUUUAGUCUUAUUUGUACAAGAAAGUUUCUAAUUUCUUUAUUUUUCACUAAUUUCAGUUCAGACAUACUGUUUAUAAAUUGCACAGGCACUCUCUUGCGUACUGUUGCAGUUGGACGCCACACAGUUAACUUACUGUAAAAUACAAUUUAAGUAAAUUUGUGUAUAAUUUUGAUUCACUGUACGUUACACACAGUAUUUUGAAACAUGAGUCUGACAUGUUGCACUCAUAAAUUGUACAAGACUAGAAAAAAACCUGCAGUGUACAACAUUAUGAAUGUAAAUUGCUGCUUUUAAUCCCAAAGUGAGUAAAACCUCACUUUGUGAGAGCGUAUAAUUGUACAGCAAAGUCAGGUUAUUCAAUAAAAGAGUCUGAACCACUA